AUGUUUGGGAUGACAGGAGAUUGCAGCCUGCCAAAGUUAACUGAGCCAAAAAGCCAAAAAUUUUUUGGCCGACCCUCUACAAGUAGUUGUUCGUCGAAGACAUCUCGCUUUUCGCAUUCAAGCAUCCGAGUCCAACGAUUCUUUGAACGUUUGGCUAACAGAAAUAAGAAAAGUCAUAAGGUUGUUUCGAAGUUGGGUGCACCGUUCACAUCUACGCCGGAUCCAUCGGACGGUGAAGGGUCUGUGGAAUACCAAGAAAGUCGAUACUCAGCUUCAGCGGAUGAUUUUUUUGGUAGUGCUGACGACGCAAUUCCGUUUGCUUUGAAUUCAUACGAAAAUAGUCCUUUGGAGUACGACGUUGUCCGAGUUGUUUCUGUGAACGUUGACCAGUCUAUAGGGCCUGAUAAAGAACUGACUUCUGAACUUGAAACAGUGCUAAUUCUGCCUGGCGAGAUGCAGUCGAAGUCUUCCCAAACUACGGACCGGCACUGUAAAGACGCCAGUACAAUGCCAGUCAAUAAUAAUACUAAUGCUAAUAACGAUAAGGAAGCUCAGCAACUUCCUUCAGUGGGACAUGAUCUGAAACCUAAACCACCUGUGCACUCUUCAUCAAAGCGAUAUUUUAGGUUCUGUCGCACUCUUUUCCUGCUCCUACUGGCAGCACUUAUGUUGGUUAACGUGAGUUUCUGGAGCUUUGUGCUUGGGAAAGUAUAUAAUUCAAAAGUUCCGAUAACGAAGGCUGAACCAAGCCUUAUGUGCUCUGUUUUAUCGUAUGCAGAUUCUUGGUUAAGGACAGACUACUACAGAAGUCUAGAAUGUCCUAUUGAAGAAGAACAUAAAGUUUUUUCUGAUCAGGAUCUGGUUUCAGCAAUAGGGAUUCUCAUAAAAGAUAUUGCCAAAUCACAUCAAAAUACAUUCAAUUAUACUUCCGGUACCCCUGUAAACUCUUUUAAUGAAGAAUUGUAA